AUGCCCACCCGUGAUGUUGGCCAGAGCGACAAGCCAGGUUCCACCUCUCUCCAGCUCUCAGGACCUCGAGGCUUCAACAAGCUACAUCUCAAGCCCCCAAACCACAACCAUCCCUCCUCCGUCAACUCGCUCCUCUCACAAACCAUCGACCUUGGACCCUCAGGCAUCAUGGGUACAGUCAACCAUACUUGCCAGAAGUGCAACACCCCCACCCCGUCUGGCAACCUCUGCAGCGGAUGUUCCAUAGGCAACUAA